AUGGCUAUAUAAAGGACAAUAUUCAAAACACUGUUUGGAGUUCAUAGUGUCAUUCGCAGACAGUCAUUUCUACCCAUCCUCACCUGCUCUAAUCUGAGCACCAGGUGUGUCUAUGAACGAGAUUACUGCAGACAUGGCCAGCCACAAAAAUGGUUUGAUUUCUCUAAAGGUGUGGAUGGUAUUAAGAAGCAGUUUGGGCUGUUAAAUUAUGAAUUUGUCUAGCACUGGACUGGGCCAGUGGGAAAGCCAUUAAUAGAACACAUUCUGGAGCAAACCCGGGUCCAGUGGGUGUUCUGUGGACCCCAGAGUCUAAAUCAGUGUAUCGUGUCAUCCGAUCAGGAAAUUGUGGGCCGCAGUGUGGCAUAUCUUAAACUGGGAAAAAGCAAUUUCACCUGUUUGUUGUAUGGUGCCUUGUGCUCCACACGUCACCGUGAUGGAGAGACUCGAUACAGUGGAUACUGCACAAUGCACUCCAAACAACUGCUGGGCAGCAGAGAUUCAAAAAAGCACCAUAAUUGGUCAAAUUGUAACAUGUUACACAUGCACAUCCAUGAGGAUGGAAGACCAUGGAUGGUAAACAUUUCAGACAAGACAUUAUUUUCUGAUCUGAGAGUUGACAGCUACUUUCUUUACACCAGAGGUGGACCUUACUGGCAGGAUGUCAAGAUUUCAUUCUCUAAGUUAUUUCUUUCUAGCCUGGGAAGAAUACAAGAUGAUAAGCACGUCCUCUUGUUAGAGAAGGUAAACCGUGUUGGUUUUACGUUGGGGGACAAAGCUGAUGGCCCAUUUCAGCUUAAAAUUGAUAUAAUUGCACUGUGUAAUGACCAUGCCCACACAGAGGAGUUUGCAUAUGAGCUUUACAAGAGAAACCCAGAGGUCUGA